GGGUCGAAGUCCGGCAAAACUUGCCAAUUCAAUCCCUAUUUCAACUUCUUCCCUGAUCAAAAGUUUCAAUCCUUUCCUCAAAAUCAAACCCGAUGAUCCAAACAACUACUGCGGCUUUCCUGGCCAUACUCAUCACCUGCUUCACCUUCCUCUAUUCUCCGAUCACCCCCAAAUCCUCCUAUCACUCCCUCUUCAUCUCCGGUUCCCUCUCUUCCAACAACUCUAUCUCCCGCCACCUCCACACCCUCACGCGCCGCCCCCACGUCGCCGGAAGCUCUGCAAACUCCGACGCCGCCGCAUACGUCCUCUCCAUCUUCACCUCCUCCAAUCUCCAAUCCCGCAUCACCCCCUACCACGUGGCACUCACUUACCCCGUCUCCCGCUCCCUAACCCUAACUCCUUCACCUUCUUCACCACCCGUCCAUUUCAACCUCCAACAAGAAACCUACCCCGGCGACCCCUACGCUGACGUGUCAGCCGAGGUCCUCCCCACUUUUCACGCUUUCGCCAAGUCCGGGGAUGUUACCGGUGACGUGGUUUACGUCAACUACGGGAGGGUGGAGGACUACAAGACUCUUAAGAAAAUGGGGGUCAACGUCUCUGGUGCAAUUGUGUUGGCUAGGUAUGGGGAAAUUUAUAGGGGGAGCAUAGUGCAGAUUGCUCAGGAGGAAGGGGCUGUUGGGGCAUUGGUGUACUCGGAUAGGAAAAACUACGGCGGAGGCCGCGGAGGGAGGUGGUUUCCGGAGGACAAGUGGCUACCGCCGAGUGGGGUACAGGUGGGGACGGUUUAUAAUGGGGUAGGAGACCCAACUACGCCGGGGUGGGCGAGUAGUGAAGAGUGUGAGAGGCUUUCCGAUGAGGAAAUGGACAAGGGUGGUGAUUUGCCUUUGAUACCUUCGCUGCCUAUUUCUGGUGCUGAUGGGGAGACUAUAUUGAGGGCUGUUGGAGGACGGGUGGCUGAUGAUGAUUGGCAGGGGAGUGGGGAUGCCCCAACUUAUAGGGUUGGUCCAGGUCCUGGGGUUGUGCAUCUUAGUUACAACGGAAAGCAAGUUUUAGAAAAAAUUGAGAAUGUGAUUGGUGUCAUAGAAGGUGAAGAAGAACCUGAUAGAUUUGUCAUUCUAGGUAAUCACCGUGAUGCUUGGACAUUUGGAGCGGUUGAUCCAAAUAGUGGCACUGCGGCACUGCUAGAGAUUGCUCAAAGAUUGGGGAAGUUGCAGGAAAAAGGGUGGAAACCUCGACGCACCAUUAUCUUGUGCAAUUGGGAUGCUGAAGAAUACGGCCUGAUAGGAUCAACUGAAUGGGUAGAAGAAAAUAGAGAUAUGCUAGCUUCGAAGGCAAUUGCUUACUUGAAUGUCGACAGUGCAGUACAUGGGCCAGGAUUUUGGGCUUCUGCCACUCCACAGCUUGACGAGCUUAUUAAGAAAGCAGCUCAACAGGUCGAAGAUCCUGAUAACUCAUCACAAACUCUCUACCAAGCAUGGGUUGGUUCAAGCAGUUCUCCCAUAGUUGGUAGAUUGGGAAGUGGAAAUUCUGAUUUUGCAGCUUUUGUUCAAUACAUUGGAAUUCCGUCAGCUGACAUGACUUUCGGAAAAGGAUAUCCGGUAUACCAUUCCAUGUAUGAUGACUACGUAUGGAUGGAAAAAUUUGGUGAUCCUUUCUUUCAUAGGCAUGUUGCAGUGGCAAGUUUAUGGGGUUUGAUAGCUCUUUGGCUAGCAGAUACAGAGCUUUUGCCUUUUGAUUAUACAUCCUAUGCGCUGGAGCUAGAGAAAUACAUGAAAAAUUUGGAAGUUGAGAUCUCAGAUUCGAACAUAAACCUAGCUCCUCUAUUCAAAUCCAUUGAGGAGCUUAAAAUAGCGGCCACAUUAAUAAACAACCAGAGAAAGGAAAUAGAAGAAAACUAUGUUCGGCCUUCAAUGUCGAAAAAAAAUUGUUUUAAGGUAAGAGAGGUGAAUGACAGACUAAUGAUGGCAGAGCGUGCCUUUACAGAUCAAGAUGGACUGUUCGGAAGGUCAUGGUAUAAGCAUUUGAUUUAUGGUCCCUCAACGAACGAUGUCUAUGGAUCUAAAUCAUUCCCCGGAGUAGACGAAGCUGUUGCCAGGGCCAAGAGACUGAAGACAGCAGAGUCAUGGAAAUUUGUACAACACGAAGUUUGGAGAGUCGCUCGAGCUGUGAGACAUGCAACAAAAGUCAUCAAUGGUGAAUUGACAUGAGAUGGCUAAUUGCAGACUGAAAUACCACGGCUAUCAACUUCAAAUGUAAACUUGUUGUAUAGUGUUAUUAUCAGACAUUUAUUUUGUUUUUUAGCUAGUACAAAUAAAUGCCACCUUGAAAGAUGACUGUCCCCGUCGUUCUUGACGGUUCAGGGAUCCUCAACUGACAAUUCUUUGCUCAAGCGGCGCCGUAUGAUUCCAAUUCAAACAAGGAGUUCGCAGGUGAACAA